AACAACGGGCAGCGGCUCUUGGACAUGAUAGAGACCUUGAAAAUGGAGCACCACAUGGAAGUACACAAGAACGGCCAUGCCAACGGGCACCUCAGCAUUGGCACAGACGUCCCCACCCCUGACGGCAGAUUCAGCAUCAAGGUCAAACCCAACGGGAUGCCAAAUGGGUAUAGGAAGGAGAUGAUAAAGAUCCCCAUGCCGGAACUGGAGCGCUCCCAGUACCCCAUGGAGUGGGGCAAGACUCUUCAGGCCUUUCUUUAUGCACUUUGCUGUUUUGUUCUCACCACAGUGAUGAUCUCGGUCGUCCAUGAACGAGUACCUCCUAAGGAGGUGCAGCCUCCACUACCGGACACGUUUUUUGACCAUUUUAACCGGGUGCAGUGGGCCUUUUCUAUUUGUGAAAUUAACGGCAUGAUCCUUGUAGGACUCUGGUUAGUUCAGUGGCUGCUCUUAAAAUACAAGUAAGUAAAGCAAAAG